ACUUGACCUCCUUGUCAUCAUAGGUUCUGGGACUGUUGCUGUAGCUAAAAUGAAGUUAUCAACACUACGUUUAUAAUAUGAAUUGUGCUAAUGUCAGUUAUUAUUAUUCUGUUCAGCCAGCUGCACUUGAUUAACGGAGGCUAAAAAUGUCAGUAAAUCGCUGUAUUUACUUGUUGUCGCGUUGCCACAUUCGAUACCGGGUAUGUGCUAGCACAAGCUUCUCCACUGCUACAGUAGCAAACAACACUUCACUGCAUCCAACAAAAAGAACGUCGGAAGAAUUAUCCAGGAGACAUUCAUCUUCAGACAGUUCAUCGAGACCCCUGGACACAUCACUGUUUGUACCGCUCACUGUCAAAAGUGAUGAAGCCUGGGAUGGGGCAAUCGGCGCCGAGCUGACGCAACCGCUGGACAAAAGUGAAAUUCUCAAAGUACUGAAUAGAUUCUACAAAAGGAAAGAGAUGCAAAAACUGGCUGCUGACCAAGGACUUGAUGCCCGUCUCUUUCAUCAAGCAUUUGUCAGUUUUAGGAAAUAUGUGCUGGAAAUGAACUCAAUAAAUGCUGAUUUGCACAUCAUUCUUAAUGACAUCUGCUGCGGAGCUGGGCACAUAGAUGACAUUUUCCCUUACUUUAUGAGACAUGCCAAACAGAUUUUUCCCAUGUUGGACUGUAUGGAUGAUUUACGCAAGAUCAGUGACUUACGGGUCCCAGCAAACUGGUAUCCAGAGGCCAGAGCUAUUCAAAGAAAGAUUGUUUUUCACGCAGGACCCACCAACAGUGGUAAGACCUAUCAUGCCAUCCAGAGAUACCUUGCAGCCAAGUCUGGAGUUUACUGUGGACCUCUAAAGCUACUGGCCCAUGAAAUCUAUGAGAAGAGUAAUGAUGCAGGAGUGCCAUGUGAUCUGGUGACAGGAGAAGAGAGAAUAUUUGUUGAUCCAGAAGGAAGACCGUCUGGCCACAUUGCCUCUACAAUAGAGAUGUGCAGUGUCACAACUCCAUAUGAAGUGGCUGUCAUUGAUGAGAUUCAGAUGAUAAAAGAUCCUUCCAGAGGGUGGGCUUGGACCAGAGCUCUUCUUGGUUUGUGUGCUGAGGAGAUCCAUGUGUGUGGAGAAGCUGCAGCAGUUGAAUUUGUCACUGAACUCAUGUUCACCACUGGUGAAGAGGUUGAGGUACAUAAUUAUAAGAGGCUGACCCCCUUUUCAAUCUCAAAUCAUGCAGUGGAAUCAUUAGAUAACCUGAAGCCUGGCGACUGCAUUGUGUGCUUCAGCAAAAAUGACAUCUACUCAAUCAGCCGACAGAUAGAAAUCCGUGGCCUGGAGUGUGCCGUCAUUUAUGGCAGCUUGCCCCCUGGCACCAAGUUGGCACAAGCAAAAAAGUUUAAUGAUCCAGACGACCCUUGCAAAAUCCUUGUUGCCACGGAUGCAAUUGGAAUGGGUUUGAACUUGAGUAUUAGGAGAAUCAUCUUUAACUCUCUGGUAAAACCCAGUGUGAAUGAGAAGGGGGAGAAGGAGCUGGACACUAUUUCCACGUCACAGGCACUGCAGAUCGCUGGUCGAGCAGGACGCUUCAGCUCUGUGUUUAAAGAGGGUGAGGUCACGACUAUGCUAAGAGACGACUUGACUGUUUUAAAGGAGAUUUUGGGGAAGCCUGUUGACCCAAUUUCGAUGGCAGGAUUACACCCCACAGCGGAACAGAUAGAGAUGUUUGCCUACCAUCUUCCCCAUGCGACUCUCUCAAACCUCAUUGAUAUAUUUGUGAGUCUCGCACAAGUGGAUGGACUUUACUUUGUCUGCAACAUUGAUGACUUCAAAUUCUUGGCGGAUAUGAUUCAGCAUAUCCCGCUGAAUCUGCGUUCCCGCUAUGUGUUCUGCACAGCCCCCAUCAACAAGAAGCAGCCCUUCGUUUGUACAUCAUUUCUCAAGUUUGCCAGACAGUUCAGCAGAGACGAACCUCUGACAUUUGACUGGGUGUGUCGACAUAUGAAUUGGCCCGUGGCCCCUCCCAAAAACAUCAAGGACUUGGUUCACCUGGAGGCUGUUCAUGAUGUGCUGGAUCUUUACCUUUGGCUCAGCUAUCGCUUCAUGGACAUGUUCCCAGAUGCUAACCUCAUCCGUGAGAUUCAAAAGGAACUGGACGGAACCAUCCAAGUUGGCGUGCGUAACAUCACGCGGCUUAUCCGUGCCACAGAGAAUCAAUCUGCCGCUGCAGAAACCUCCGUAAGACUUUCUGAUUCAGGCACGCUGCCGCUGAGGAGGGGACGAGCGCUAAAGGCCCAUAAUCAAAGAAAAGAGCUCAGGCCGACGGAUUCUUCACUGAGCUCAAGGUUGUUGCGGGAUGGACUACUGACAAAAGAGCUGUUAGAGCAGCUUCAGAGAGAAUGGGUCCAAAAGCAGAGCCAAAAUGGAGAUGACUCCGUUUCAACAAAUAAAGGGAAAAGAAAAAAAAAGUGAAAGCUAACAUGGUGUAAAACUGACUUUUCUGGACUUUUAGAAGAUCAAAAGAACAAUAUUGCUGAUGCUCUGAACUCGAUGUUAUGGUUGUCUCCAUUUAUGGAGCGCAUGACAUCUAUCUCACUAUAAAACUUUGCAAUUUUCAUGUAAAAUCGAGUGUCAAAAAGAGGACUGUACCACCCACUUUUAGAUGUUACAAUAAAAUUAUAUUGAUAUUUUUAA